CUCUGUGUUCCGGAACCUCGGUUUGGGUGGGGUGGGGUGUGUGUGUGUGUGUGGGAGAGUUUGGUGCUGUUCCUAGGUGUGGUGCCCGUGUGUGGUGCCCAGCGUCGUGCGUGUUUCUGAUUGUUCCUCGGUGCCUCCAACCAUCGGUGCCAUUAGAUGCUGCCGUCGCUCGGAACCAACACCCCAACGACAGUGUACGGUGCACGGUGACGGUGACACGAUAUUGGUGCGGACGCGCACCUUACUGCAGUGGAAAUCACAAUCGAACGGUGUUGCUCUGUGUGUGGCUAGGUGACGACGAAGAGUAGGCGCUGUCCCGUUGAAGAGUGCUUUCGCGGUCCGCGGUGCAUCGGGCUACAUCAUCGGCGUUAGUUUGCUGUGGGUUGUGUGCCGCCCGCAUGUAAGCAAGUAAGGGGCUGAGCUUGAUUGACUGUUUCACCAAAGAAACGCAUUCAGUCGUCCCAAGGAUAGCGGUAGUAGUUGCCAGCGGAGCGCUAACUAAUAGUGUGUGCGCUCGCCCGAAUCGGAACACCCGGUGAAGGUGUAAAAAGACCUAUUGACAAACGGACCACUAUUUGCCGUCUCAAACCCGCCAGCUUGAUUUAGCUACGAUGAAGCGUCGUUCGCUGUCGGGCAACUGUGGCGUUGGCGUGUUCGUGAUCGCGCUGGUUACGGUGCUGGUUGCGUUUGCCACGCCGAGCUGGCUGGUAAGUGACUAUCGCAUUACCGGCGCCAAGCUGGACCGGUUGGGCCUGUGGACGCACUGCUUCCGGUCGCUGCCAGACGUGAACGAUGACUACCAGCGUCGCUUUUUCGUCGGCUGCCGUUGGGUGUACGAUCCGUUCACGACCGGAUACGACGAGAUACGCGGCUUUCUUAUUCCACCGUUCAUGGUGGCCACCCAAUUCUUCUACACGCUCUGCGCCAUCGGUGUAAUAUUGGCGAUGGUUUUGGUACUCCUGUACUUCCUGUGUGCCGGACCGGACCAAAAGUUCUUUGUCAAGCUUAUCAAGGCAAUCAGCUUCAUUACACUGGCGGCAUCGAUCUGCGGGAGCAUCGGGGUGAUCGUGUUCGCCUGCUUCGGCAACAAGGACAAGUGGAUGCCGGAACAUGCGAACAAUUGGUUCGGCUGGUCAUUCAUCCUGGCGUGCAUCGGUGUGGUGGCGUGUGCCGUCGCAUCCUCACUGUUCUUCACCGAGGCACACGUGCAGGCACGCAAGCGGCGACAGCUGAAGGAAUCACAGACCCAGUUCCAGAUGGACAGUGAAUCGAAAGCAUAAGUCGCCUUACACCCCACACAUACACGCACACACAUGCAAGCACGCACUAACCGCGUGUCCCCAUCUCGCUACGACCGCAGCAAAACGUUCGACCAGCGCACAACACAUUGUAUGACGCACAAACUAUGCGUACCAAUCAUAAUCCCAUAAUCCCAUCGAUCGAGUUCGACUUCAUCAUCGCAAAGUACAACAGUUAACAACGGGGAAGCUCUGAAUCGUGCCGAACUGCGGCCAGAGUCGUGACGAAGGGGCUAAUGGCGUUUCAGCAGGUCCGCAGUGAGCGAAAAGGAGAAGCUAUAGGGAAAAGCGGCGUACCUAGUUUAUAGGAAAGAUUAGUCUGUUGUGCAAGGCAAUCUCAAUCAGCGUACCGUCCAAGCUGAAGCUAUUCAAGUGUCUUCUACUGUUUUUAAAAAGCUAUAUUUUUGUAGUGUAUGUCUUAAUUUUACGUUUCCACGGAACAGCAUCCGUCCAUUUUUAGUAUUACUUGCACUUCCGUUUUAGCGGUUCGACUAUUUCCAUGCUCGAAAGUUGUUGCCAAUACGAAACAGAAUAUGAUUAUGUAAUGUAUAAACGUACUAAUCUACAACCGAAAGGCGUGUGCUUUAAUUGCCUUUAGGUUUGUAGCGUAAUUGCAUUUGAAAGAUUUUACUGUACCCCAUAUUCGUAGAUAAAAAAGAACCGCAUCACCAUAAGCAAUGCAGCAGCAGAAGUUGCUUGUAAAAGUUGCCUUAAAUAAGAUAAACAAGCAAAUAUUUUGAUUGAAAGAAAACACACCACAUUCCUACGUUCACACGUACAGGAAACUGUACGUAAAAGAAAUUCAAGAGCUUAACACUGAUCCUAACAUUCCAUUGCGAAACUUUGGAAUCUCGAUAAACGAAUACAAAUUUUGUAGAAUAACAACGAAUCACUCCAAAACGACGAGAAUAUUGGGUACGAUGAGAAGAAUGAGCAAUAUACAAAGCUUGGCAAAUGUUUUUACAAUCAAAUAUGAUCGGUAGCGUGAGGAAAAGUAGCAAAAAAUGUAAUGUGUUCAAGGUAGAGAGAAAGGUUUUUAAGUAACAAUCAAAUUUACUGCGAAUAAAAUAAUUCAAGACGGAAUAAUAAAAUUUAUAAGAAAUACCAAA